GCACUCUUUUGUAAUCACAACAUGAUCUCCUGUGCUGAGCAGCAAAGCUGAAGCCGGCAGGGAGAGGCCGACAGGCCCGGCUGUGGUGGUUCCUGCUUCUCUCAGCUCUGGCAGCUUUGGAAUUCUCUCAGUGCCUGCCGUUUCCAUGCAUUUGGCUGAGCCUCACCGAGCUGAGCCCACGAUGCGCAGGCAUGAGGAAAAAGAUGCCGACCUGGACCGUAGGAUAAUUGCCCUGCGCAAGAAGAACCAGGCCUUACUACGCAGGUACCAGGAGAUUGAGGAGGAUCGUCGGCAGGCAGAGAAGGGGGGCAUGGCCGUGACCACCCCAGCGCUCCUCCAACCUGACAGCCUCACCGUCACCAUCAGCCAGGUUCCCGGUGAGAAGAGGGUGGUCAGCAGAAACUGGGCCAGGGUGCCCCUUUCCUCUGGAGUGACAGGCACAUUAACAGACGAUGAAGAUGCUGCAGACUCGAUGGGUACCUUCUGCAUGGGGGACCGGGUGGAGCUAGCUGUCACCAUGGAAAACAAAGCCAAGGCCAAACGGAUUGUAAGUGAAAAACCCUUGACUCAAGCAAGGAACCCAAGGGCAACGGGGCCAUCUGGAGGAGGCCAGAGCUGGAGUAAUCCCACGCAGAAGACCUUCAGCUCAGACUCAACAGGGAAGGGUGCUCGGGAGCUGCAGAGUCCAGGCAUGGUCCCAGGCCCAACUCCCCAGCAGCACACGGGGCUACCCCCAGAGGCCAGCUGGGACUACAAGCAAUGGAAACAAGAGCGAGAGCAGAUUGACCUGGACCGCCUUGCACGGCACAGAAAUGCACAGGGUGACUGGAGCCGCCCAUGGGACCUGGACAAAGCUGGACCCAUGCCGCAGGACCGCAACAAGCCUAGGGACAAGGACCUGGCCAUGGGCAGCAGAAAGGGUCCUAGGACCCACUGGAAGUUACAGCCUCCACCAUCAUCCCCGGAUGGGAAACGCUGGGGUGGACAGUCUGGAAGACCCUCAGUGGCAUCCACCACAGGCAGCAAAGCCCAGGGGAAGGAACGACUGACUGGCAGGGCCCGAAGGUAUGACAGGAAAGAAGAUGAGAAGAUGCAGAGCCAGGAGGGAAGCCAGUUUGCCACGGAGACUCCCAGUGCAGAGGAAGAAUGCAGCCAGAAACAAAGUGAAAUGGAGCCAGGCAGACAAGAGACCACACCUGCAACCAGCCCAACUCCAGCCUCCCCACAGGGCCUAACAGAGGAGUCGGGAACCUCUACACCUAGUUUGGCUUUAGACUCCCCACAACAUUCUGACUUGGCUCCCCUUGACCUCUCUCUAGGAGGGGCUAGCAGCCCCAAGGCUGGAAAGAGUAAGCUCGUCCUCAGUCCAAAGUCUGGAGCUCAGGAAAGUACAGUGCCGUGGCCAAAUGGUUCUGAGCAGCAGGCCCUAGGGUGGGAUGACCACCAGCCUGGGCAGGAAGUCCACACUUACGCUGAGUCACAGAGAGAAGCAGAGGCCUCCCAGCUCAAAGAGGACAGGGCUGGUAAGGCUGGGGCCGAGCAGAACCUGCCACCAAGAAACAGGACCCCCAGAGGAAUUGGCCAAAGGGCAAGAGGCACAAGUAAAAGAACCAGGGCAGGAGGUCCUGGCCCUGCAGGAAGAUGCUGAAUAAAGCUCGUGGGUUGGGGAGCCAGGCUGUGGGAGGGGAGAACUCAGUCAAGACUCUUCUGCGUGGCAGUCUGUUUGCUGAUGGGAGUCUUGUGCCUAUCUGGUUGAGUGAUAUGGCAAAAUUCCACAGGGACACCAACGGAGGGCCUCUUUCUCACAUCUCUCUACACAAGUGGGUUUUCACAUGUAGGCAAGGCCCCUGGGGUAUUCGUGAGGCUGGUAUCCGUGGCCUGGGCCUACUGCUAGGCCAUUUGCCUUUCCCACUGGCUCCUUAUCAUUCCUCAUUGCCAGGUCUCCCUCCCCAGUCACAGCCUUCAGGCUCCUCAGCUCCAGGCAGUCUCAAAGCUCGUGUGGCUAGCCCAGCUCCUUUCUGAUAACCUAUGCCUUUUCCAGUCCUGGUCUUCUAAGAUGGCCAAAGUGGGAUUUCAACAGUCACCUGAGACCCAGAGAAAGUGGGAUGUGGCUCUCGGUUGAAAGAAACAGGUUUGAUGUGGAAGAGUAGAACCUAAGACUUCUUGGGAGAAAGCAUGUGGAGGGCUUCUUUGAACAGGGCUAGGCUCCCCUUAUCCGUCCCCACAGGGGAAUGGGAGAGCUCACUAGCGGGUACUUGAGCCUGCUUCCUCCAUGGCCAGAUCAGAUGCCCUGUGUGCACCCUGAACUGACCUUGCAGCCCAGGACCACUUCCUGUCCCCUCUUCCUUUUUCUCCACUUCCCCUCACCAAGGCUGUGAAGCAAGCACACAGACAGAGAAGGAGAAAUAGCAACCCCAGCUGAGUGUGGCAUCAGGAUGUGUCUUUCUAACUCGGUCUCCAUCCAGGCCCCUCCCAUUGAGGCCCACGUCUGGUGAAUGAUCCAGACUCUGCACAAGCUGUGGUUUCCUUUCAAUACAACAAACAUUUCCUGAGCAUCCUCUCUCAGUAAUCCAGCCAGUGGGCGACGGGUGACUCUGCCAGCAGAAGGGAGGGCAAGAAACUCAGCCAUCCCACAGCUCAAGGCUGAAUGGCAAGUGCUGUUUUCAUCGAAGCCUGGCAG